AUGAACAGAAUUCCGGAUUUCACCAGCCUCAUCUCCUCUCCCCCAUUUACCUUCCUCGUCGGCAAAGAGCACACAAAAUUAACCAUCCAAUCCGGCCUCGCGAAACAUGUCUCCAGACCUCUGGAUGAUCUCAUGAACAAUGGCCAUACUCGGGAGUCGAAACACCGUAUUGCCGUGCUUGAAGACGAGGAGGUCGAGGUCUUCACUGCUUUUACUCAAUAUGCGUACACGGGCAAUUAUACUGUGCCGGUGCAUAAGACAGAAUCGUCGAUCGAGUCAUCGUCGGCAGUGACUGCUGCACCUGCACCUCCACCUGCAGCUUCGCCUCGUUCCGGCUCUGGUUCUAGUGGUGGAGGUACGCCAAACGGUCAUGUCUUGAACAACGAGCAGCAGCAGCAACAGUCGCCGCCACAGAAUAUUAGUGUAGUGCGAGCACAGUCCUCGGCUUCAUUUCUGCCUCCGCCAGCUCCGACACCACCCCCAUUUGCUGAUCAGAUUGAUGCUAGACCGCCUGUGCGCAGAUAUGCAGAGACGUCGUUGGCAAUAACGCAGACGGCAGGCGUCGAUGAUCAAUGGGAGAAUCCCUUUGCGCAUCCGGCCGAACAUGCACCCCAGCGGAAUGUGACUUCGCUUCGGGGAAAUACUCCUCCAGUCGAAAAUAAGAGAGAGGUGGUAGUCAUACAAGAUCGGCCACAGCCACCCCCAGAGGAGGACAUUGAGCCAACCUUUCCGCUAUCUAGACGACAUAGCAGAAAGGAUAAAAAGAAGAAGCGCAAGGAUACAGUCGUGGCUGCGAACGGCUAUGAGGAGACGGUUCCCAAGAGUUUGACACCUCCAUCGACUCCGCCUUUUGAUCUAAGGGACGGUCAGGAUCAGGAGGGGACGCCAAAAGUCAACAAACCCGUCGUCCGUGACUACGAUCCGGACUGCGCUAUUGAGACGGAUACAGGUGACGAUGGAGAUAUUGACGGAGAUGAUGGCGACUGGUGGGACCAGCCCGCACCCUCUCAGAACUUCUCGAGAAGGCGAGAUUACGAGGACAAGCUGUCUAACGCGCGUAGACUACAGUCGCAGAAUCACGAGCAACUACCACAGCCCCCGUCCCCACCGCGCCUCUCACCACAACAGCACACGAUGCCAUUGAUUGAUACAUCCUUCGCCAGCCACCCCAUGUCCUCUACUCCGCGUAAGAAAGGCGUCAAAAACUGGAACGAGUUCGCAUCAAUCGACUACUUCCACCAAGAACGCAGCGAAGCAUCUGGCGUGACGACACCAACCCCUCUUCAGACAAUCGUUGUUCCCUACAUCCUCUUCCACGCCAAAGUCUACGUCUUUGCAACCCGCUACCUAAUCCCGGGUCUCGCCCAACUCUGUCUCCAAAAACUACACGCCUCACUCGUCGACUACCCCCUCGACCCUCCCGCCGACAACGACGACGACCUCAAUAGCCAGCACGCCCUGAACCAUCAAACACCAGACAUGGAAUCCCUCCGCUUCAACGCUUACGCCAAAAUGUUCCUCGACAUUUUGAAAUAUACGUACGAAAACACAACGCGCUUCGAGCCCGAAUCCCAGACAUCGGCCACUUUGCUACGAGAAUGCGAACUGCGUAAGCUUGUGGCUCAGUAUGCGGCCUGUAAAAUGCGUGAGUUGGCGGUGUAUACACCUGCACCGAUUCCAGUGCCUUCGUCGCCUAGUCAUGGGCCUGGAUCGGGGGUUAGUGUUAUUACUGCUCCGGGUGGUGGGUUGAGGGAGCUUUUGGAUAAGAUUCCAGAACUCGCUUCUGAUUUGGUUUUCCUUAUGAUGUGA